CAUCCUUGAACAAAUUAGCUUUGUGCGGUCUAAUUCAAUGUCAAGAUCCUAUGUAAAAUAAUAGUCUUAAGAAAAAAGUAAUUGGAUUUUCUUAGUGCAGUGUUAAGUGUGAUAAGGAUUAUAUGGGUUUGAAAAUGCGAUUCGUUCUGGUUAUUUAUAUUCUUGUACUGGUGCUUUUGCUGACUCAAGCCAAGCAAGAAGAUGAAGUUCAAAAGCCAGAAAUUACGAAGCUAGAAAUAGUGGACCUUGGCGAGAGUGAAGUUGAGCCUAAUUCCGAGCAAUCCGAUGUUCAACGGAAAAGAAAUACUGGAUACAUUUAUAAAUCGAAUCGUAUUUCUUCAAGUACUCGAUUGCGCUUCCCAGAGCAUCAGUCUAGAGAUCAAAUUGCAUCUAAAUUUCCCGGUCAAUUAAACAGACCGUUCACGAAAUAUGGACCGCCGAAUCACUCGACUUCCGGUCCAAUCACACAAGGAUAUCAUGCUCAACAGCAUCGAAACAAAUUACAGUAUCACGUUAGUCAACAACAGUCGAGCAAUUUUAAUGACGGAUUGAUAGAGCAGGAAAUACCAAGCCCGAUCAGAAACGUUGAUUUCGUGGAAAUGAAUCCGAUCGCCAGUCAAAAUAAUGAGCCGUUUGGAAUGCACACGGCCAAUUAUUUACCACCGCAAAAUCAAAAACUUCCAGCCUACUCUUCGACGGACAAUUUUGUUCCGCAGUCAUCGCAGAGUCCUCUGAAUCACGGCGCGAAUUCGCAGAAUCAGAACUUGGUGCACCCAGUGAAUCAGAUCUCCGACGCUGCGCUCUUCCUGUAUGAAAACGCGCAAGCGAUUCAGCAACUUUACGGCGCACCCGCGAACAAUCAGGAUUUCGCGCCUAACAACAAUCAAUUUCAAGGUACCAGCAAUCAGAUUCCGAAUCAGAACAGUCAAUUUCGAGACUUCGAGAGUACUUCACAGGACUCCCAGGAAUUCCGAGGCUCGUUGCCGUCGUAUGCAUCGGGAACGCUCAAUCAAGAGACUCUGGAGCAGAUUCAGUCUUUCGAAAAGGAUCGGUUGAUCGUGCAGUUACAGCAAGCUCUCGCUCAAACGCAGACUACCUUGAGGCCGGAAGCGGUGGGAAGGUACGCUCAAAAUCAAGCGAGCUUUAUUCAGAAUCAGGAGCUUCUAAAGCUUCUAAGUCAACAAACAAAGUCGCAGAUUCCAAUGCCGCAAACUGCAGCUUUUGCCUCUGAAAAUACCGCUUUCAGCCAGUCGCCCUUUUUACCAGGAACCACGGUCAAUCCUUUGAAAGGAUUUUCUUUUAACUACGGUGGUCCGACCACCACGCCACUUGUUCCGACGACAACGGUGGGUGAAGUGCCGAUCACUCCAUCUCCACAAUCAUCCAAAAACGAUGAUACUACUCAAACAGCAUCAUCGCAACCUGGAUCAGCCGUGGCUGGAUCUCUCGCAGGUAUCCCAGUUUACGGUGGAUUCGUACCAACCUUUAUCGCGGGUACCAACUUAGCUCCUAGUUAUAGCACCAGUAUCUUUACACCUGUCAAACCUGCGCAAUCCUCCGACACGUCGCCCACUCACUUCGGGAUACCGAUUCCUACGGAACCGUCCCAGAAACCAGGAUUGGCGCCAUCAAUUCCAGCAACGAUGACACCUUCAGCUUCUGCUAAUCAGCCAGGAGCCGUUUUUACGCCGGUAACUUUGCCGGUUCAAUCAAUACGACCUAUUGCCACUCCGUUGCAUCCUCUCACGUCCGUACAUCCAGUCGUCAGUCCUUUGUUGCCUGCAAAUCCCGUUCCAGUAUAUCCUGCGCAAGUCAGCCCUGCUGUAACGUCUAGUGUGCAGCAUACGUACGGGACGCAAACCGCAUUAAUCAAUCCUGUUCUUUAUAAACCAGUCAAAGCAGUCUAUCCCGUGUAUUAUUAUCCCAAUGUCGCAUAUCAACUGCAAAAGCCCGCCUUGCCGAAUUAUCCGUGGAAUUACGCGCCUUCGUAUCCGCAGACAAAACCGACACAAAUAAUGAGACGCUCUUAUUCUUUACGAAGUGGAUCGUAAGUUGUUCUAUUGUACCGAGACUGAUUGUGUUUUCGUGCGGAAAAGAGAGAGGGAGAGAUUAAGAAGAAGAAAGUGCUGUAAGAAAUAUUAUAUUGCAGUUGCGCGAUUUUCAUAUGCUACAAUA